AUGCUAUCUUAUCCCCGUGGAGGAACAGAAAUGAAUCUCUUACUAACUCCAGCAUCUGCGCAUGCAUUUGGUACAUCUCAUUUAACUCCUCUCACAGCUGUCCCUGCAGCAUUGUCCUUCCAGGGUUUACCUACAUCGCAGUCUGCAAGUCUAACAUUAACUUCACCUGUGUUACUCCAAACUCCAGUUACAUCCACAGUAAUCCAGACUACAGGAGCUAUUUCCGAAAUUACCACCACAACUAAUUCGUAUAUGGUCCCAUCUACCACUUCAUUCGACCAAACAUCACAUAAAACUGAUAAAACUUUGACUUAUGUCACGGAAAGCACUUCAAAAGUUACAUCUAACUCCAGUCAAACUCCAACUUCAAGUUCUGAUCCUACUACAUCUGCUAUAGACAGAAUUCUCCAGACCAUAAAAGGGUGUAUGAGUGCUAAUGCAAAUCGAGAGUCAGACAAUAAACUAAAAAUACGCAAAAACGAAAGCAACGGAACAUACCAAACCAUCACAGGUGAUGAGGUCAAUAGUAAUCGUGCUAAUGAUACUAAAAAGGCAACUGGAACUAGAUUUCCUCCAGCAAGUAAAAAUAAUAUGUCACUUGAGAAUGAUUGUGUUUCUCGCUCAGCGACUACAAAUGAUCGGUUACCUCUCCCACCACUACAAAAAAGUACUGGAGAGCCAUCGGAAAGUAGUCCGUCAACUCCCAUCAACAAGUUUUAUCGAUGCAGAUACUGUGGGAAAACGUUUAACCGAAAAUUCUGUCGUGAACGACAUGAAAGACUUCAUACUGGUGUGAAACCUUAUUCCUGUGAACUUUGUGAUGAGAAAUUUAUUCGUCUUGAAGAUAAAAAGCGACAUGUUAGAUCGCUACAACAUUACUUUUCCAAUAGAGGAUCUCUGAGAACCAGUGGAUUAGAUGAUCAGAUCGAUGUAGGUACGGGUCUAGGUGCUGAACCAUCCAGUGUGCUGCCACUGCUGGCACAAACACUUCAAGGAGGAACGAAUGUAGAGACUUAUGAAAAGGAAACUGAAGAGUUGUGUAAUGGAACAGAUGAGCAGAAUUUAAGUAGUCAUUUAAGUGAAAAUGAAUCAGAAAGUGCUGCAGCAGUUGUAGAGUUCGACAGUGAAUCACGUGAUCCAGAAGAAAAUGAGCACUGUAAUGAUGAUACAAAAAAUGCCUCGCAUUUAACAUUAAGCGACGGAAACCAUAUCAUCCAGAAGGAAGAUACAGAAGAUAAAUUACGAGAGAUGAAAACCAAAUUGGAGGAACCAUCGGAUGAUCUUUUAACUAAUCUCCGCCUAACAUCGAAAAUACAAUUCAACAAAACUAGAUGUCGAGCAGCUUUAAAAGAAACUCAAACAGCUGUAAAUUCGUCAAAUGAAAACUGCUGUGAACUAAUUAAAGUACCUAACGUUGUUCUUUUUACUACUGAUAAUGCUACUGAUUCAAAGACUACGACCAACUUAUAG